AUGUUAGAAAAUGUUUGUACACAACUGUUCAGCUUCUACAGAUCAAAAGAGGUGGAACUUCAAAGAUUUACACUACAGUUUGUACCUACUCUUAUUUACAGUUAUUUAAGUUCUGUUGCUCAAGGUAACAAGAACACAUACCGCUGUAUUGAAACAUUACUUAUAGGACUGUACAACUUUGAGGUGGUUGAUGAAAAUGGUAAACCCAAAGUGGUUUCCUUCAGAUUACCAUCACUGGCCCAAUCAUCUAUUUAUCAUGAGCCAUUGUCAUUGGGACCACAAUUUUUAACAGAAAGUGCUCUGCGCCGAUGGGAGGAGUGCAAUACGAAGCUCGUGAGUUGGGGACCGAUGGCACAAGUAGAAGCUAUAAAUGCACAGAACCGAUUGAAAGUGAUGGCCGCACUAUUCUUUAUCUAUAACCGGCAGUUGAGCUUAUUGCCGAAGUUGGCUUUGAGACAUUUUUGCAUUGCAGCAUCACGAAUCGUAACUCAAGGAUUUGAAAAAAAAAUUGGUCCUGCAUCGAAGUCACAGGCCGUGCCAAGGAUACCUAUGUCACCUAACUUUCUAAUAGAAAUGGUGGAGAGCGCUUACUUUGCGAUGUUUAAUGAAUUCUACACACUGGCGCUGCAGGCUGUUAAAGACAUCGACAAAAGAGCGCAGUACGAACUGUUCCCCGACGUGAUGCUUGUCACGAGCGCUGUCAUCAACUCAUUGAAAAAUAAUGCCUCAGGGCAACCGUGUGACGGCCCUAUGGGUAUCAGCGUGGCAUUGUCUCCGGCCACUACUACGGUCACCAUGUCUAAAUCUAUGAUAACUAAUGCAUCAUUCCGUACCAAGAAACUACCCGAUGACAUUCCUAUACAAGCUGGCCAGGUGAUACCCACCGAGUCCACCGAUAUGCUUUCUUCAAUCACAGAGGAAGGCGAGGCAGAAAUCGUUCCCAUACAACGUGGUGGUGUGGCUCGUAACUCUAAACCUAAACUCAGUUCAUUCCCAGUGCUAGGAAAAAAAACCAAAGAGGCUAAAGAUAAAAACGCAACGAGCGAUAAGAAAGUUACUAUGAAAGAAUCUUCUAAAGGUAUUUGGAAUACGCUCAGUGGCGGAGGUGGCGACAAUGUCGACGGACAGCAGAAGGUAGCGGACAACUCUGGAGAUGCUAAUGGUAGCAUGAAAGAUGACAAAAUCUCUAUGUCUUCUAUGCACAAUAGCACUGACACCUCUGAGACUCGGUCGCAAAUUACGACCGAUUCUUUAGACACCGAGAUUGCGCCCCGAUUCACGGGAAUGCAAGUCAGUUCUGUUUAGGUGUCAAUAUGCGGCCAUAUGCUGCGAAUGAAACUACUUCAUAACAUAAUGUUAAAGUGAGGGUGAAAGGUUGAUAAUACUCUAUUAAAUUGGUAUAGGUUUAAUACUUUAGCAAUGUCAUUGAUUGUUUAUAUGGGCAAAGUUUAUCAAUUAUCUACUCAUUAAACUUGUUAUAAAGUCACAGUAUUAAUCUUUGUAUGUACUAAAAUUUCUGCAGUAAAUCAUAUGUGAAAAAUUACUUUUCCUAAUCCGAACAUUCAAGUUAUUAAAAUACUUUUUAUUUAUGAAAGGAAUAUGCUGUAUUUAAAAAAGUAAACCUGGCCUGCGGUUUUUCGUACAACAAAAAAUACAUUCCGAUUAUAUUAUACUCCCUGGCAUAGAGCCUCAACUAAGUUAAUAAUCAUAAUCGCUGGUACAUUUUUCAGUCACUUGUGAAUUGCUAGUUCUUCCACAAUUAUUUAUGCUUCGUGAUUUGUUUCGUUUUCAAUGUUACAACUGAUUAAUAUAUUUUAUGCUUAUUAAUUAUAUUGGACUGUUUUAUUGUAAUUCAGAUUAUGUGAUUAAUAAAAAAUAAAAGCUAA